GGUGGUUGGUCGACUAGCGACGCUUAUCGAUUCUCGUCGAAGACGCCCGAAAAUAGUCGACCGUUAGCCGAAGUUGAGGCUCAAAUCGUGGGUGUAUAUGGAGUGUGGGGUUCAGUGAAUUGUGUGGUACGAAGACAGUGGUCGUCAAAUUCAUUUGGAUUCAAUUGGACAGCUAUAAGAAUCACUAAGCAAUUGACAAAUUAAUUUAAAUUAAGUUUAAAAAGUUGCUUGUGACAGUCGCCGAUCUCAAAGAAGGAACAGACUCGUGUCUAUUGAACAGGUCUGUGGUUUCUAUUCCGUCCCUGCUAUAAAAUCGACGGCUGUUGGCAGGAUACGAAAGAAAAACUUCAGAUCUUAGAGAUUAGACAGGUUCUUGAGUGGAGUGCAAGUUCUACUUCAAGACUACAUUGACGUGAGACGAUAGUCUCUCAAUGGAAUGAUGCUGCUGAUUCAUUUUUAUUGGGCGUGAAACAGUAGUUAUUGAUAAAAAUCACGUUGACCUGCGUUGAUUGUAUAUUAAAUGUAUUUUCCUAGACGUAUGUACUUCUAACAGAAAAAUUCAAUAACUGUCACAAUGGCCAUGUCUCAAACUCCUGGUCUGGACCCUUGGGUGAUUCAACCCCGUGAGAGAUUACAUUAUAAAGAACAAUUUGAGUCUCUUAAGCCGAAUGGAGGAGUGGUUACUGGAGAGCAAGCUAAAGGGUUUCUUUUAAGAUCUCAAUUACCGCCCGCUAUACUUGGACAAAUAUGGGCAUUAUCAGAUACAGAUGGAGAUGGAAAAAUGGAUGUCAAUGAAUUUAGUAUCGCAUGUAAAUUGAUUCACUUGAAAUUAAAAGGGUUAGAAGUACCAAAAAGUUUGCCACCACAGCUUGUUCAAAGUUUAAAAGUUCCUCUGCCAGGUGUUGGAGGAGUAGUAGCUCCCAAUGUAGCUGGUAUACCAAAUGUCGCAAAUGGUGGAGUUCCAAUUCAACCGCCAGUGCAAGCAGCAGUAGUAGAUCCUUUAGUAAAUCUUGGUACUGGUAUUCCACCACAACCCCUCGCAGCACAGCCACUUGCUGCUCAGCCUCUUGUUGCACAGCCACUUAUUCCAGGGGUUCCAGCAUCACCAGUGCCUCUUGCAGGGCAGACAGUUCCAUUAGUGAGCCCUAUACCACCACCAAUUCAAAUACCUCCUGCCUCACAACAAAGUAGGGAGAAUAUGGGUACUAGUGGUAUGCUUGGAAAAACUAAUACACGGUCAAAACCACCUGCUCGACCUGCACCACCCUUUAUGGGAAAUGUAAGUACUGUCACGAGCACUGCCAACGUUGGAGGACCACCACAAAGACCUGCACCACCUGGUAGUAUCGGUACAGGAUUUGUGUCUCCAGUUGGUGUUGUCCCUCCAGCAAAGCCGGCGCCGCCAUCAUUUCCAAAUAGUCCAUCCGGAACAAUAACUACAACUCCAAUGGUUCAGCCUUUACCAGUCGCGUCAACAAUGGGUGUAGCUCGAGUAGCACCAAUAGCACCACUUAAUACUAAUCCAGCGCCUAUAGCAGCUUUUGGAAUGGCUCAACCUGGUGCACCAUUAAUUCAGCCUAUUCCACCAGUUGGAAUAAUGCAACAAAUGCCGCCAGUAGUUCCAACAAUUCCUCAAGUACCAGUUAAUGGAAGUAUUCCUACUGUGCAGCCAUUAGCGCAAGUAAACGUAGCAAACGGAGCAACAAUUCACACUCCAGUAUCGACAAAUACACCCUUAAGUACAACUGCAAGACCGCCUAGCAUUGAUCGUGUUGGGUCUAUUGAUUCUCAACAUUCUCAGCAUUCGCAACACUCUCAACAUAGCCAACAUUCUGUUGGCUCUCCACAGGCAGUUGAUUGGGCAGUUCCUCAUCCAACGAAAUUAAAAUAUACGCAAUUGUUUAACACUUGGGACAGAACAAGGUCUGGAUUUUUGUCAGGGCCACAGGCAAGGAAUAUAAUGGUUCAAUCACAGUUGCCUCAGCCAAUUCUUGCUCAAAUAUGGGCUCUAGCUGAUAUGGACUCAGAUGGAAAGCUUGGGUGUGAAGAGUUCGUUCUUGCAAUGCAUCUUUGUGACAUGGCGAAAGCUGGAGAGAAGAUUCCCACACCUUUGCCACCAGAUCUGAUUCCGCCAACUUUCCGAAGGCAGCGUCAAAGUAGUGUGUCUUCCCAGGGUCUACCUGAAACGGCGGACCCAUCUGCCGGCAUGCCCCAGUCUUCCUUUGAAGAUAAGAGAAAAGAAAAUUAUGAAAAAGGGCAAGCUGAAUUAGAGCGAAGGCGUAAAGCACUUUUAGAAGUUCAGAGAAAAGAGCAAGAAGAACGCGAACGUAAGGAACGAGAAGAAGCUGAGAAGCAAGAAAAGAUAAGACUUGAACAGGAACGACGUCGACAGGCUGAAAUUGAAAAACAGUUGAUAAGACAACGAGAAAUUGAACAGGAAAAAGAGGAGCAGCGUAAAAGAGCACAAGAGCAAAGGGAAGCUGCAAGAAAAGAAAUGGAAAGACAACGACAACUUGAAUGGGAAAAUCAAAAGUCUCAAGAACUUCAAGCUCAACGUCAAAAAGAACAGGAUAUUUUACUUAAACUUAAAGCAAAAAAUCAGACGUUAAGUAUUGAGCUUGGAUCACUUAACGACAGAGUAAAGGAGCUUUCACAGAAGAUUUGUGAUACUAGAGUUGGCGUGUCCGGCGUGAAGACUACGAUUGAUGGUAUGAGAUCUACGAGAGAUGCUCAACUUCAAGAAAUGGCUGCUUUAAAAAAUAAAUUGCGUGAACAAAAUCAACGAUUAUUGGCUUUGAGUCAGGAGAAGGCUAAGAUUGAUGCUAAAAAUAAAUUGAAUGCAGCUCAGGACGCUGCUGGACAAGAAGCUAUAAAAAUGGCAUUUGCUAAUAAACAAAUAACUUUAAAACAAAUGAGGGAUAAAAUUGCUGACCUUCAACAACAGAUUACUGAAAAAAUGACAGAUAUUGAAAAUAAUAAUGGACAGCUAGAAGAAAUUAGAUCUCGAAUGAAAAAUUUAAUGACUGAUUGCAAAAAUAUUUAUAGUAUUUUUGAUAAUAAAAAAAUGAAAAUUCUAGAGUUAAGAUCGAAAGUUGAGACUACUGGUGGAGUUGAUUAUACAAAUGCAGCAUGGGCUGAAGAUGCAUGGGGUUCAACUGAUCAAACAAAUAUUAAUGAAGAUGAUUGGCCUGUCGAUAAUGCUCCAGCAACAAAUAUCAAUGAGCAGCCUUUGGGCGUUAAAAAAUAUCGAGCUUUAUAUGAGUUUGUUGCUAGAAAUGAUGAAGAAAUAUCAUUCCAACCAGGUGACAUUAUUUUAGUGCCUCCGGUACAGAAUCAAGAGCCUGGAUGGAUGGCUGGAGAGAUUCGAGGACAUACUGGCUGGUUUCCGGAGUCGUAUGUUGAACCUGUGGAUACAGGAACUGAUGAUGGAAAGACAUUUAUCACUCAGGAUAGCGUAGAAAAGAGACCGUUAGAGGAAAUAGCGGAAGUACCGGAAAAUAUCUCGGAUGCUGGAUCUCUAGGUGGUGAAGCUACAGUACCUGUAGAGCCCGUAACCAGUACUAAUACAACAACCGCAAAUGUAACAGAAGCUUCUGAGUCAACCAAAGAAUAUUAUGUGGCUCUUUAUCAGUAUUCGUCCGUGGAACCAGAUGAUCUUAGCUUUAAUGAAGGAGAAAUUAUUACUGUAACUAAAAAAGGUGGUGACUGGUGGACUGGAACUAUUGGAGAUCGAAGUGGAUAUUUCCCUUCGAAUUAUGUUGAAAAAUGUGAACCAAAUAUUAAUCAAGUUGCUGCAACGACUGUAGAGUCAAUUGAAUCAGCAGCAAUAACUGAAGUCACUCAAGACACUCCUCAAACUGAAAAAACUGCAGAACAGUUAGAGGAUGAAAGAGCUGCCGCUGAAGAUCGAGCUGAGUUACCAGAUUUUACACAAAUGGCAUCUCAACAGUACUACAAGAGUCGUGGAAGGAAACCCGAGAUUGUACAAGUAAUUGCUCCUUAUCAAGCAACAAGUGGAGAGCAACUUGAUUUGCAGAGAGGACAACUAAUUAUGAUUCGUAAGAAAACUGAUUCUGGCUGGUGGGAAGGCGAAUUGCAGGCUCGAGGCAAAAAGCGACAAAUAGGAUGGUUCCCUGCGUCCUAUGUGAAACCUCUUACAAGUAGCAGUAAUAGAAGCACCCCUAUCUCUCAUGGUUAUCAAGACUCUCCAACGGACCCCAAUGCUGAACGAGUAAUGGCAUUGUACCCACAUCAAGCUCAAAACGAUGACGAACUGAGUUUCGAGAAAGGAGCUGUGAUAACAGUCAUUUCAAAGCAAGAAGAAUCAUGGUGGAAAGGUGAACUUAACGGCGUUGUGGGCAUAUUUCCUAGCAACUACGUAACACCUAUGUCUGAUAUGUCAAGGAUUGACAACUAUGCUAUUUCUAUGCUGGAUCCUAUGGAGAGGAAGCGGCAGGAAUAUAUCAAGGAGCUUAUUUCGACAGAAGAAGCAUAUAUCAAUGAUAUGAUACUUGUGCAUGAAGUGUUUGAAAAACCAUUACUUCAAAGCUUGGUGUUAACAGUAGAUGAAGUCGAGAGAAUAUUCGUCAAUUGGAGAGAUAUAAUAGCGUGCAAUGACAAUUUUUUAAGGACCUUGAGAAUAAGAAGAGAUAAUAGUGAAGAUGGUGUAGUACGAAUGAUUGGAGAUAUUUUAUGUGAAAAUAUUCCUAGAAUGUCAGCCUAUGUGCGAUUUUGUAGCUGUCAAAUAUCAGCUGCAGUCUAUCUUCAAAGUUUAACCGAAAAUUGUCCAGAAUUUGUAGCAGUAGCACAAGCAUGUCAACAAGAUCCUAGGACCAAAGGAAUGCCACUGAGUUCGUUCCUUAUUAAACCCAUGCAACGAAUAACUAAAUAUCCACUUCUUAUCGGAAAGAUUUUUGAACACACUCCAACUGACCAUCCAGAUCGAUUAUAUCUUCAGGAAGCUUUAGCAAAAGCAGAAGAGUUUUGUACUCAAGUAAAUGAAGGUGUCAGAGAGAAGGAGAAUAGUGAUAGAUUAGAGUGGUUGCAAACUCAUGUAGCAUGCAAUGAAAAUAUUCUUGAAGAAAAGCUCGUAUUUAAUUCAUUAACAAACUCCGCCGGUCCUAGAAAAUUACUUCACUACGGUAUUCUUCAUAAGGCAAAAAGUGGCAAAGAACUAGUUGCAUUUCUUACCAACGAUUUUCUAUUAUUUGCUCAACCUGUAAAAACUUUGCCGGCCGGUCAACAAUUUUCAUUUGAAAGGAAUGAAAAUAAUAGAUUUAAAUUAUAUAGAAAGCCAAUAUUUUUAAACGAAUUAUCCAUGAUUGGAGAUUCUGAACCCAAUGGAAAUGUCAUAUCAAUUACUUCUGAUGCAUCGAGAACGUUAGGUCUUCGUGAUUCCACUAAAAGACCAAUUAUUCUGUUAACUCCAUCUGCAAGUGAACGUUCUUUGUGGGUCAAAAAAAUUCGAGAAGCAAAAAAACAAUUCGUUAAAAAUGAAAAGAAUCAUUUACAACGUCAGCGAUCAAGACAAGCGCAAUUUAGCUCUUGUGGUCGCAUCCUCGUUACAGUUCUUCAGGGCAGCAGCCUCAAAGCGCCAGUUGUUCGCAGGAAACCUCCAGAAGGACGACUAUAUUUAGUUGUUGUAGAAGCUGAAGAUUUAAUCUUGACAAAAAGAGGUAAAUGCAAUGUAUUUUGUAAUGUAUCCAUGGGAUCACAGGAAGAGAGAACCAGAGUUGUUUCUGGUACCAAUUGUCCUCUUUGGGAUACUUCUAUGCAGUUUUUAGUUAAAGACCUCCAUGAAGAUACUCUUUGUAUUACAGUUUUUGAUAAAGGAUAUUAUACUCCUGAUGAUUUUCUGGGUCGUGCAGAAGUAAGAGUCUCAGACAUAAUGAGAGAUUGUAAGGAUUCUUGUGGACCAAUUCAGAAGAGAAUAAAAUUACGAGAAGUAAAUUCCGGUGAAGUAAUUUUAAAACUUGAUUUACGGCUAUUUGGUAGCUAACAAUUAGACUUUAUUGGACUAAUAGAUAUUUCGUAAGAGUUUAGUUUUUGAAUAAUUAAGAAUCUCAAAAGUAUUAAUUAAUAAGGCAGCAGGGAGAUUGCAUUUAUAAGGUAAAUAAUAAUCAAUCGUCAUGAACAAUUUACAAUUUUUUACUUUAAUAUUUUUCAAUAUGAUUACAUUAUCUAUUUAUUUCUUCAAAUGCUGUCGAAUGUGAUAGCUUAAUAUAAUAAAUAAAUAUUAAUAAUAUAAUAAUACAAUGAUAGGCAUGAAGUUAUGAUAAUCUUUUGCUAUAUAAACUUCGUGGGAUGACAAAUAUCAACGAAUUUAAUAUAAAUUUAUUUAUAUAUCUAGUCGCAAUAUACAUGUAUGAUUUAGAAGUAUAUAUAAAGCGAAAAGAUAUACAAUAUAUAAAAUAAUUAUAAUUAAUACAGUAAUGAUAAUCACUUGAUUAUCCAAAGUUCGUACGUAAGCAAAUACUAUCUUUAAAUUCAAUUAUUAAUUUAGUGAAUCUAAAUAGAUACUAUUGCGUACGUACAAAAUUAAACAUUCCACUAAAUAUAUAUAUGUAUAUAUAUUAAUCAGAAUACAUAUAUUAUUAUUGAUGAUAAACUGUUAUUUAUAAUAUAUAAAUGAUAAGAUCGUAUAUAAUUAAAGAAGAAACUUUUCAGUUAACCUUUCUUGGUUCUGGAUUUUUGUUAUUUACAAAAAUAAUCAAAUUGGCAGAAUUAAUAAGAGUUAACGGUUUAAAUAAAAAAAAUAUUGUUA